AUGUCUGCAGUGUCAAGUGACAGUACAACUUCAAUUCUACAACAUGUUGUUUGUGACCCAGUCGAACCGACUCCACUUAAUAUUGCCAAUGUUAUUAACAACGCAUUCCUUGCCUCAAUGAGUGACUUUUCUCCAUUAUCUCCCAACGUCCGUCUUGCCACCGAUAAAGAACCCCCAUUUACCGUCACAGAGCAAUCAGUUUUUCAGAAACUGUUAGCACUAAAUCCAACCAAAGCAACUGGGCCAGAUGGUAUUCCCUGCUGGCUUUUAAAAGAGAACGCCGAUAUUUUCGCACGACCAGUAAUGUCGAUUAUUAACUGUUCAUUCUUGGAGUCUCGCUUACCUCCUUCAUGGAAGGAAGCCGAUAUAGUACCAAUACCUAAGCAAAAACCUGUCAAUGACGUAAAUAAAGAUCUAAGACCAAUCUCUCUGACUCCAGUACUCUCUAAGGUCGCUGAGGAUUACGUAGUUGAAUGUUUUGUAAAACCAGCUGUAUUGAAAAAAGUUGACCCACAACAGUUCGGUACAUUACCUGGCUUGAAUACCACCUAUGCUCUUAUUAGCAUGCUACAUAAAUGGAACUGUGACACCGAUGGUAAUAGUGCAACAGUGAGGAUCGUAUUGUUCGACUUCAAAAAGGCCUUCGAUCUGAUCGAUCAUGAUAUUUUAAUUCAGAAACUAGUGUCGUACGAAAUUCCAAAUAAUGUUGUCAAUUGGAUAAUAGAUUUCUUGUUGAACCGCAAACAAAGAGUUAAACUCUGCCAAGAUUGUGUUUCGGAGUGGGGCUCGGUCCCCGCGGGUGUACCGCAAGGAACAAAAUUGGGCCCAUGGCUGUUUUUAGUCAUGAUUAACGAUUUAAAUGUCUCUAAUGAUGUGAUGUGGAAAUAUGUGGACGACUCAAACAUCUCCGAAACUGUUAAAAAAGACGAAGUAAGUCAUAUCCAAUCAACCGUAGAUGAGUUCGUACGCAAGUCCAAAACCGAAAAGUUCGUGCUGAAUGAGCGCAAAUGUAAAGAAAUGAGAAUUAGUUUUACGAAAUCGGAAAAAGUCUUUCCACCCGUUACGAUAAAUAACGCCCCCCUUGAAAUUGUCCCACAUGCCAAAAUUCUGGGCCUGAAUGUAUCCGACAACUUAAAAUGGAAUUAUCAUGUUAGCGAACUCGUUAAAAAAUCUUCAAAAAGAUUGUACUUCCUAACUCAGUUAAAGCGUGCCAAAGUGGGUUGUUUGGAAUUGGUACAAUUUUUAAAAUCCUGCAUCAGAUCUUUAAUUGAAUAUGCUUGCCCAGUGUAUCACGAUGGUCUCCCAACGUAUCUUUCGAGUGAUCUCGAAACUAUUCAAAGACGAGCAAUGCGAAUCAUCUACCCCACAGAAUCUUACGAAGAUGCCCUACUAUUAUCAGGUCUAACUUCCCUAUUCCUACGGCGCCAACAGAUUACUAACAAAGUCUUCCUAAAUAUUAUGAACGAUGAUGCACACAAAUUACACGAACUACUGCCUGCUAAAAACAAUAUCUCGCUUAAUUUACGGAAAAAGUCGAAAUUCAAUAACCCAAGAGUAAAAACGAACCGUUAUAGAAAUAGUUUUAUCAUCAGUAAUUCAAUUAAGGCAUAA